GCGCAUUUGCUUCGCGUAAAUGACAGCGUCAUAGAUGAAUAGCCAAGGGGAGAAUGAUAUCACGAUUAUUGACUAUGGUGUUUUGAGACCAGCGUACACAGGACCAGAGCUUCCUUCAAGGCGUUUGAUAGACUCUCUAUAUGAAGUCUGUUGAAUUCCUGGAAGAAGACUUCUAAUAAUUCCUCAUCAGCCUAUUUACUCCCUUCACUUUCUCUCGCCAGACUUCAACUCUUCGAUAUCGGUUUUUACCAUCUCUAAAACAACACCAAACGAACUCAUCAUGUCUUCCAACGAUGUUCCGACUGGGGAGGUCAAGGACAACGAAUACGUCUCCCGCCAGGGUGACCGUCAACCCAUCAGCGUUGUCGACGACGAUGCUAAGGUUGAGGAUCCCAUUGAUGAUGAGACUGCUGACUCUGACGCUCAGCUUGAGCGUGAUGAAAAAGACGCUAUUGACAAGAGCAACAUCUUGGAGGAGCGCACUCGUGGUGCUCAGCCCGCUGGCGAGUACCGUGAGCCCGGUGACACCGAAGGUCUCGAGGACAGUCGUCUUGAAUAG